AAUGCUACCUAAAAUAUAAGGAUAAGCAGUUGGAAGAAAAGAGAAUUUGGCAUCUUAAUAGAUUGUCGAAGAUCAUUUAAAAAAUAUACUAAAAAAACAAGAAAAUCAAGUAUAUGAGUAUUUCAAAACUAUUUAGAAUUACAAGGCAUGGAAGACACCCUAUGCUCCAAAGAAUCCUCAUUCACCAUUUGGUGAUUUUCCAAAAGAAUACAUUCCAAAAGAGAAAGCCAACAAAUAAAAAGUGAAUGAACCUGUUCAUGAAACUUCUUAAAAUGCUUUGAUUACAAGUAAGAAUUGUAAUUUAGCAUUUAUAGAUAAAUAUUAAGGGACUCAUUAGGGAACAGGGGGAAGAACAAGUUCAUAAUUAUUAAAGAAGGAAGAAUAUAAACCAGCACCACCAAAAGCAGGAGCUUAUGAUUAAAGAACCAUUACAGUUUCAGAUUUCAGGAGAUAUUAUGAUAGAGGAGAUUUACCAAUAAAAGUAAUUUAAAUAAAACUAUAUUGAAUAGGUUGAUCAUUAAGGAAGUGUCAAUAGAAUUAUAUGGAAGAUAUCACCAGAAUAAUUAGACUAUCAUCAUUAUUUACCAAUAUUUUUUGAUGGAUUAAGAGUAUGAUAAAUUUAUUAAAAACUUAAGGAAAAAAUGGAUCCUUAUAGAUUUUUAGCUAUAUUGGGAACCUAUGGUUUAUUGGAAAGUGGAGGUAAUAAAAUAUUACCUGUAAUUCCAUAAUUAAUUAUUCCAAUUAAAAGUAAUUGCAUUUGUUUAUUAUCAAUAGCUAAUUUAAAUACAAGAGAUCCAAGCAUUAUGGAAGUGUAAUUAAAAGUAUUACAAAAACUUGUAUUAAGUGGGGAAAUGGUAGGUGAAGCGUUAGGUGAGUAUAUUAUAUAAAUAUGUGUUAGUUCCUUACUACAGAUAAUUAUUACCAAUAAUGAACUUAUAUAAAAAUAAUAAUUAAAAUUUAGGUGAUAAAAUUGAGUAUAACCAAAGAAAAAGAGUUAUUAUUGGAGAUUUGAUAUAAGAAACACUUGAAUUAUUUGAAUAAACAGGAGGAGAAGUAAGAAUUUGAUGGAUAAUUUAAUAGGAUGCUUAUAUAAACAUAAAAUAUAUGAUACCAACAUAUGAGAGCUGCAUUUUAAAUUGA